AUGCUAAAAAUUGAGGAAUAUGUUUGUAAUUUAAAAGAAUCUAAGACACUAUUUAAUGAUGCUUUAAGAAUUGAUACUCAUUAGUCAUUGGAGUCAUAUGAUAAUACAUAAUUGUAUUAUAAUUUAGUAUUUACAUUAGUUAGAAUCCAAUCUAUAAUAUUGUACCACCUGAAUAUUUUUAAAGUGUAACUGAAAAUAAGUACUCUAAUAUCUUUAGUUCUUAUAUUUAAUCUCCAAAACAUGAAGAACUUUAAUCAACAAUAAAACAAACACCAAAAAAACGAACUUUUUCAUUUGCUGAAUCUUAAUACUUAAACAAAGAUCCUGCAUGCAAUAUUUCAGCUGAUUUUGGAUAAAAUACUUAAUUACCAGCAUUAAGUGAAUUGAAAUUUUACUCUAAAUUUAGUUAAGAGAAUAAUUUUAAAAAUAUUGACACUCCUAAUAAAGAGAGAUGGUAGUUAUAAGAUUCAAUGUUGGUUUUAAAUAACAGCAUACCUUAAUCAAAAUUUAGUUCUCCUUAGAAAAAAUAUGAUAAAGUUCAAAAAUUUAAAAUUACAAAUUAUAGUUUGGAUGCAAAACAAACUUAAACAACUAAAAUAACUUAAGUUACUAAUAUUAGUUUAUAAGAUAACAAUAAAGAAUUCGAAUAGAUCUUUAAGGAAUGUUAAAAUAAUUUUGAAAAGAAUAAGGCAAGGAAAACAGAGGAAUACAUAGCCUGUAACAUAUAAUGA